UCUUCUCUCCACAGAGGAGAGCGCAGGAGAGACUGCAGAGAGAAACUGAGAGGACACUGAAGUGAAAGUAGUAGUCGGACUGUUUGUAGCGAGUUUAACUUUAAGUGAAACUAAAACUAAUCUAUUACCCGCGAUCACAGUCCGCUCAACUUCUUUACGUAAAACUGAAGACUGGGGCACUGAAGUCAGUGAGGGGUCACUGUAGUCACAGUGUUCGAGUGUGACAGAUAAAUACGCGGCUGGAUUAUGUCGACUUUCCGAUACUCUGCAGUAAACAGAGAUGCACAAGCGAGCCAUGGUGCAAAGCAGUACAAUGGUUUGAUAAAUCAGGGGUCAACUUGCUACCUGAACACAGUGCUGCAGUGUCUCUACAUGACCGAAGACUUCAGAACAGCAGUACAGAGCUUUAAACCAGGUCCACAGCACUCCAGCCAGAGAAAUGCUGAUCUGUUGUUACAGCUGCAAAAACUCUUUGAAGAGCUAAACAAGGUCAAUGCCACCACUAAAGGAAUAACUAAAAGUCUGAGCAUCAUGAAUGUUCAUGAACAGCAGGAUGCAGUGGAAUACUAUCAGAAAAUCCUAAAAUCAAUUGGGCUACAAGUGUCCCAGGUCUUUGAAGGAAAAAUGAGUAACAACAGUAAAUGUCCAGAAGAACAUAUAUAUGAAGAGAAGUGUCCCUUCAUCACUAUCCCUCUUGCCAUAGACUCUGGACACGAUGAAGUAUACAAUGUGAAGGAGGGACUGGAGGCUUUUUUCAAACCCUCACAGCUAGAUGAAGACAACUGGUUGUACUGUGACCAGUGUGACAAAAAAACAGAAACAGAGACUUGGAAUGAAAUAGAAGAGUUUCCCACAGUCCUGACUCUGCAUCUGAAGAGGUUUGACUUUGACUACAUGCAGAUGAAGCAUGUGAAAAACCACUGUCCCAUGGAGAUUCCCCUGACUCUACAGCUUAAAGACUAUGAAUAUGAUCUUUAUGCAGUUGUUAACCACAGUGGUGAUCGAAGUGGAGGCCACUACAAUGCUGUCAUCAAGUCAUUUGAGGAUGAUCAGUGGUACUGCUUUGACGACUCUUUUGUCACAAAGGAUUCAGUGGACACCCUCCAAAAGUCACGGCUGGCCUACUUACUGAUGUACAGACAAACAGCACCAAGCGGAAGAGAUUGUGCGCUGCAAAAACCCCUGAAAUCUACUGCACUCAGCCGUAUGCCUUUUGUACGGCGCAAUCGCUUUAUCAUAGCUGGAGUUGUUAUAAUGUGUCUGGUACCAGUCAUGUGGAGAAUGUUCAGGAUUAGAUUCUCUAAAUCAUAGACCAAAAAAUAUCACAUUAUCUCAUAAUGAUCAUUGAUUGAACCCUCUUCAUGCAGCUUCAUUUCUCAACAUUUUUGUGAAAGAGAAUGACAAGUAUAGAUGACUCACUGAAAAAGUGCUGGCACAUCCCAGAGCAAUGAACACGUGAUUUGUUGAGAAGCACAGGCAGCCCAUGAUAGGGUAAAUUAAAUUGUGUUUGCGGUUUUACUGCCUGGUUGAAGUCAGCUCUGUCAAAUAAUGAUCAAUUCAAGAGAAAAACAACUUUACUUUUAUGUUCUGAAUGUAUCAGUGAGUGUGGUUUAUUUUUUUUCUCCCUAAUUAAUAUUAAAUUCAUUCUGUAUUCAGUAUUU